GGCUGUGUGUGUGUGUGUGUGAGUGUGAAGAGUAGACAGGAAGAUGAAGCAGAAGAGUUUUAACUCCCUUCAAACAAGUGUGUGUGAGUGACAGUACAGAAUGUCUCUUAGGGAUCCACCGUUUGAGCCUCCUUCCAUCUCAGAGCUGCAGGAGCUCCUGCUAAAAGACAGAAAACCUACUGGACAUGUCAAUCAAGUCUGGCCGAACAUUUACAUUGGCAACGAGGUGGCAGCGCGAGACAAGGGUAUUCUCCACAGCCUGGGCAUUACUCACAUCGUCAACGCAGCCCACGGGCCCCACAGCCUGUACAGUUUAUACGUCAACACCGGCCCCCGCUUCUACAGGGACAUGGCAGUGGAUUAUUAUGGAGUGGGGGCUGAUGAUGCCAUAGACUUCAUCCUCAGUCCUUUCUUCUACCCAACGGCACGUUACAUCAGAGCUGCCCUGGCAAUGGGAGGCAAGUCAGUCCCACUCAGACCUAACGUAACGUACACUGUGUGUGUGUGUGUGUGGACCGCUCCCUGAAACAAGGUCUGACCAUUUUAAAUAUAUGAAU